UCUCUGCUGUGCCCCUCCGCUCAGGCAAGAGAGAUACGAUGGAUGCAUGUGGCCACUGUGUCUCUCACUGACCAAUAUAGAAUGUAGGCAGCGAUUGUAGGGACCCCUCCCCUUCUCUCUACUCCACGUCUGGCUGUCCCAUCGCCCGCCUCGCCAGCCAGCCAGCCAGCCACAUAGACAGACAGAAAAUAGACGGACGUGCAGACGGACGAUUGAUAACAUGACUGACGCGGACAGACGGGCAUCCAAUCCAGACAGACAGACAGACGUGACACCAGCACCACACUCAUGACAUGACAUACACGAGCACGUCCAUCCACGCACACGGCCGCUGCUCCCUCCGGACCUUUUUUGGCUUUUUUUGUUUCUUCUUUUGUUUUGCCUUUUCUGCUUUUUUUUUGUUUUGGCUUUUGUCCGCCUCGAUGGCUGCUCUCUGGCUCUCCUCCUCCCUCCUCUUUGCCGGCCCUCUCUUGCCAUCGCCCCACCGCGACAACAGUGCUGCUAACUUAGGCAGACACGCACAUGUACUACGUCUCGGCUACGUCUCUUCCUCUUCUCCCCUCCCGCACUUCAGCAGCCCUUGCACAAACCCCGCCACUGCAUCCACGGCGCCGCGCAAUAUCGCUCUCGAGGCCGUCGAAACGUCUUGAAAGGCCCCCCUGACCUCGUAGAGGCCCUCUCCCUCGUCGCUAUCCUCCCACCAUUCCCAGUGCCCCGUCAGAGGCUUCUUGUGCCACCCCUCCUCGACCUUGCCGCCCGCCAGGUGGGGGACAUAGACGACCUUGGCGUGGCCGAACUUGUAAUCCAGCUGGUGGGCCGCCAGGUUGGGGCCGUACAUCAUCGGCACAGGAGGGAGUGUGGGCGGGGAUGAGGGUGGUAGCUGGUACAGCUGCGUGUGCUGUGCGUGGUGCAGGGGAUGGACCAGGUGGAAUGUUGCCGUCCUCGCGGCUGCGGCCGGCGGGUAUGGGAUGUGUGGUAGUGUGGGCGGUGUCUCCUCUCUGGCGGCGGCGCGCGGGGCAGCGGAUGCACCGCCUUCCGAGUCCUCACCUCUCACACACCCCCUCUGAAAGGCACACACCCACGCACACACACAAGAGUGACCGAGAUGCAUUGCUCUAGUUGGUGCUCCCAUCCGUGUUUGCCUACCGUCUGUCGUCCCUCUCUCCUCAGCAAUGCCCAUCUGCACGGGCACCUCGUCAACAGCAGCAGGUGCGGAGGGGCCGACCACGCCCUCCCCCUCGCUAGGCACAGACACAGGGGGCACCACCACCGACUCGAGGAGCUCGAGCGCGGCGAACAGGCUGUCCUCGAUCCACUCGAGCUUGGGCCGCUCGCCUUGCCGCUGCCGCUGCCCCUUCUCGGAUAUCUCGGCGAGGAUGUCGACCCACCUCUUGGUCCACUGCAGGCCCGGCUCGUCGAAGAGCUCCAGUAGGGGGCACAUGGGCUGCCCGAGGUGCAGGGGAUGUCAUAAAGGAGCUCCGCGCCUCCCCCCACUGCAUCGCCAGGAGCAGCUCCAUCCUCUCCUCUUCGUCUUCUGGCCCCGCCAUCUCCAUGGCGGUGUCUCUGAGUGCGCUGCCUCUGAUGGUGGCGAAGGUGAUCAUCCCGAGGCCGUACGACACACUCGGCUCGCCGAUCAGCACCUCCUCCUCCUUGCCCUCCCCCCGCAGCAGCCCAUCCUCAC